CGCGCCGCGCCGGGUCCGAGCCGAGCCGAGCCUCUGUGGUGGUUGUGCCAGUCAGCAGGCAACCGCUCAACGGGUAGGCGGGGGCUCUGCCGUUGCGCGGGGCCGCGAGCAGCACUGCCCUCCCACUCGACAACAUGCAACACUGUGGCAUCUGUUCUGUGCUCGCUGAACUCUUUAGGCGAAUUAUGUGCAUUAACAGACGAGGAAGCGGUGACACCUAUAAUCCAGAUUCUGGAGAUGAUGAUAGCGGACGAGGAGUGGUCACAAUCAAACACACAGAAGAUCACGGGAUCGUCAUUCAUGUUGUUGAUCCUGUUGCCCCAACUACCCGCAAUCGUAAGCUGUCCGACUCCGAUUGGCUUCUCUUGGAGACGUUGGACAAACGAUGUCAGCGACCUUUGUACACUAGAAGGUUUCUUACAAUGCAUAAAAGACGUCGGAAAAAGCUCACUACUCGCCUUCUGACGCUAGAGCCAGCCUUGCUGGACGAUAUCCAACACGGACAGGUGCAGUGUGUACUGGAUCGUGUUUGGCAAUGGCCAUUCAAUGCUUUCACAUUGGAUACUGUCACAGGCGGGCGUUCACUGCCAGUUUUAUGUGUUCAUUUGUUUCAUUGGUAUGGACUAUUGGACCAUUUCAAUCUGGAUGUUGUUAGAGUGUGGAAAUUGUUUACCUUAGUAGAAGAAGGCUACCAUAGUACAAAUCCUUAUCACAAUUCGAUCCAUGCUACUGAUGUGACACAAGCAAUGCAUUGCUUUCUGCAAGAAGACAAGAUUCAGAAGCAUUUGACUCCUUUGGAAAUUAUGUCAUCAUUAAUCGCAGCUGUAACACAUGAUCUGGAUCAUCCUGGUGUAAACCAACCAUUUCUUAUUGCUACAUCAAAUCAUUUGGCAGCUCUAUAUGAGAAUACUUCUGUUCUUGAGAAUCACCACUGGCGUUCUGCCAUAGGUUGUUUAUUGGAAAGUCGUGUGGCUGAACAACUAGGGCCAAGCAAAUGUGAACUGGAGCACCAGAUCAGUUCUUUGAUCUUGGCUACAGACAUAACUCGUCAACAAGAAUUUUUAACACGCUUCAAGCGCUAUCUAGAUCAAAGCCUUCUUGAUAUGCACAGAGUCAAUGAUCGGCAUUUUAUUCUUCAAAUUGCCUUGAAGUGUGCUGAUAUUUCAAACCCAUGCCGACCCUGGGAUGUGAGUCGAAAAUGGAGUCAGAAAGUAUGUGAAGAGUUCUUCCGACAAGGAGAUUAUGAAAGACAAUUGAACUUACCUGUUACUUCCCUUUGUGAUCGCCAAACAACAUCAGUACCAAAAAUUCAAGCAGGAUUUUUCCGAUUUGUUGUCUCUCCAUUAUUUGAGGAAUGGCACAGAUUUUUAGGAACAAAGUUAUCUCAUCUAAUGAUGAAACAUUUACGUGGAAAUCAAGGAAAAUGGGAAGCUAUGGUUGAAAAAGAACUGGCUGAAGAAACACAUACAGAAGUUUCUGAUGCUGAUGUUUUGGAUGAGGAAGUUGAAUGCAAUUCAGAAGAAGAAGCUCAAGAUUUCGUUACUGGAAGUGUGGAAAUGUUAAUACCUAACUUACCAUCUCACCAGGCAACUGCUGCAAGCAGUGAUGAUAAAUAUAUACGGAAAAUAGGGAGACGGCAUUCAGUUCCCCUGAGUGUUCCACGACCUCCUCCAUUUGCCCAGACAAUCAUUCGUCGAGAAAGUCUGCCAGUUGGCGACAGUAAAUCAAAGAGAUCAUCUCCAACAAGUAAUCUUACUUUAGAAACAAGACCAGAGCGCAAAGAACAUGGCAGUUCACUUUCUCUUGUGUCGUCAUGUAGUGGUAGUGGUUUGCAGCAUUCUUCCGGUAGACGCAGCAAGCAAGAGAAUCGACCUGUCAGUACAGAAAAUCUUCUUCCAGAACCCAGUAUAGCAUCCAUUACAACAAGUGUAGAAGCUAGUCGUCUCUCCUCAGUGUUACAUGGAGCAAGUAGUAGCGUAUCUCGAUCAGUAUUAGCCCCAUCAACGUUGGGCCCUGCCCGAUUUCUCACCAGGCAACAGACAUUUCCUCCCCUUCAGCAAUAUGUGCGUAUUCGUUAUAUGUCUACAACUGCUGAAAUGGCUAAUUGCUCAGAACCUUUGACAGGAAUUGGCAGUUACUCCAACUCAUCUACCUCUUCUCAUGUUGACUUUGUCAGUAAUGUUCCAUCUCGUAGAGCAUCAGAAGCAAUGGCUGACUCUCAAAGUAGCCCUGAAAGUACUGGAGGAUGUAAAAAUGGAUGUGGUACUCCUACAGGUCGGCCAAGAGCUCUUCAACACAAUAACAGGACUAGUGUUGAACAGCUAUUCCAGUGCACAAGUGGAUGCAGUGUUGAAAGUGAUAGGGACACAAGUUUAAGAUUUAUGUGCAAAAAAGAACAAACUGAUCAAACUGAAUUACUUCGUGAUAAAAGUUCCAAUGGCUCCAAGAUUUGUGACACAACAUUGCUACAACAGAUCACAAGUGGUAAAGUGAUGACUAGUGAUGACUAUGGCAAAGAAAAUGUUGAUCCAAGGAAUUCUGGUAGUGAUGUGGACCAAGAUAUAAACAUUAGUGGUAGCAAAAAUAGUAUAUUACGGAGAAAUUCACAUCAGGGUCUGGUGCAGAGACGAGGCUCUGCUCCAGUUGGAUUGCUCAGUCGCUCAGAUGAUAAUUCUGGGCCUACCACGUUUCCUCUGAGAGGAGAAGGAGACCGCUUCCUAAGGAGAGUACAUACAGUUAAAUUAUAUGGUAAGUGUAUUGUUAAGUAUUAUUGUACCCAAAAGACAUAGAGAUGGUGGUGAUAAUCGUUCAAAUGAUUCAGGUGUUGGUAGACAAAAUUUGUUGGCUAUCAAUCUGCGAAUGCCCGAGUGUUGUUUGCCUUCUGCCAGCACCCAUCAUCGUUAUGUGCAAGCAAGACGAGGCUCUGCACCUGUAGAGUCAAGUCUCGAGUUCUGCAGGUUGGAUGCAAACAGCAAUUCACGGAAUGUGAAUAAUGGACAUGUCCGAAAUAACAAGAAAGUUUUGUGUAGACACAAUUCUGGGGGUUCUUGAAGAGUAUAACCCUUCUAAAAGAAAGAUACAUGGUGAAAUUUUUAUCAUUAACCAUUCUUCACCACAAAGAACUUUGAGAUCAUGAGAGUCUGAAAUUAAUUCUUAAUAUCACGUUCUCUACAAGUUUCAUGUGGAGAUGCUCAAUAUAGAUUUAACUAGGAGUAUCUACAUCACAUAAUAUGUCUCUUAGGAUAUCAAACACUGGACUAUUAUCUUAUAAACAAUCAAAAAAAUUACCAUGAGCAAAAAAUAAGCCUUGAAAUAUUUUCAACACUGGAAUACGUACAAAUUUUUAAUUGUUCACAAAAUAUAGAAAAUAGUCAUUUCAACAUUUUUCCUUGCCGUAAUGUCUUCAUAGUUAUCACUGUGGUAGUAAGUUUGUUUCUUAUGGAUUAAGGAGAGAAGACAAAAUAUAGCAAAUGAUUUCUGUUCUGUUUCUAGCAGUUAACAUGUUGAUAAAACUCAUUGAAAAGACAAGAUUACAAAUUAGUCUGGUUUCUUCAAAAAAAUAUGUAGAAGAGAAAAACUAAGAUCAUGUAGUUUUAGCAGCACUAAAAACAAGUUGAUAGGUAUUUGGGAUUUAUUGUCAAAAUCAUUUUUGCCAUUACCUGAAUUUGUGUUUAUUAUUGAAGUUUGGGAAAACACUAUUUCAGAAGAGACUGAACAUACAUAUAAAGGAAUGCAAUUUCCUUGUUUAAUAUAUUACAAUACAUGACACUUUGUAUGUGUGCGUGUGUAUGUGUGUGUGGGUGUAUAAUGUAUAGUAAUUACUAUUGGGAAAAGUGUGUUUUCCCCAUAAGACCAGAAAAUGUAAAACUGUAAAUAAGUAUAUGCAUAGAUUUCACUGACCUGAAAGUAAAUGUGUACACUCGAAAAAUACAUACAAAUACCAACCAUAAUUUUACAUUGCGGUUAUAAAUAACUUCCCAUUUUAUUUCUGAACAGCCUGUUUGAUAACAGGCACCACUUUUAAAUUUCCAGUGACAUUUGUUGUUUUGAUUGUUCAUAAUGCAUAAUUGUCUCUAAAUUAAACAUUUUGUUUUGAGUCAAAAUUCAAUUAUUAAGGCUGUGUAAUAACUUGAAUGAAAAUUAAAUCCUAGUAUGCAUUUCACAGAAUUAAAUAUGAAAUAUUAGAGAAGAGAGACUUUUUCAAGGUAAGGGAAGUGGACUGCUCAAGUAAGCGAGCAAGUCAUAAUGGAUAUCUUUAUUAAUUUCUUAUAAAACAUUAAUAUUUUUUAAAAUUGUUAUAAUUUCUUCUAGAUGGGAAUUAAAAAUAAGUAAAUGAUUCAUGUAUGGUAUUCAAAAUGAUUGUAAAGUGAGAUAAAGCAUUGUAACUAUGAGAAAAUUCAUUACUUAAAAAACAAAAAACAAAACAUGAGUAGGUUGAUCAAAAUCUAUUUUGAACACAGAUUCUAUGAUUUUUCAUUUCUAAUAUUUGUUGGUAAGUAUUGAAAUAAAUUUAUGUUUUUUCACAUAAAUCAUUUCUAUCGAAAGCAUCAGUGGUACAACUCUGAAGUUCUGUAUUUAGAAGAAUAGUUCAACCAACUUAUAUGUUCACCCAAAGGCGUCCAAUGACUGUUCAAAAUCAAAAAUGAAAAAAUAAGGUUCAUUGUUUUCCAGAUAUUUUUGUAUUCCAAUAUAUAUCUAUAUUCCUAAAAUGAAUUUGCACUGCAAUUUAAAUAGAAAGAACGAGUUAAUAGCUAUGUAAAUUCAAAACAUACACUUUAACCUCCUUUCCAAAUAAUUCUACUACAGUUUUAUUAAUGUUGAUGAUUGGUAUGCAUAUAUGGUAAAACAUGCUAUAAUAUAUGUUGUGUAUUAUUAACUUCAGUGUAAAGCAGAUGUAAUAUGCUCAAUUUCUUGAGUACCAUUCUUCAUGUGAAGUGUGUAUGUGUGUGUAUGUGGCAGGGGGGUCAUAUGAGUAAUCCAAAAAUAACAUGUAAUUGUGUAUUUAUUGUGUAAAUGUAAAUUUAAAUGGUUGCUAUGCCUCACUAUAUCACCUGCAAUAAUUGUAUCAAAUGUCAAGAAGCAGAUACGUGAGAAGGAAGAUAUAAAAUAAACUAUUUUACCACUGGUAUUACAAGUUUUCCUCAGUUCUGUGAGGAGUGCAUCAGAGCAAUUUAAAAUAUCAUGUUUUGAUGGACUAACUGUAAAUUUUCUAAAGGUCAAAUCUUUUGAAUAUUCUAACUGAUGUCUUUGAACACUAUUAUUCAAUUCAAUAAGGUGCUUAUUAUCAAUAUCUAAUGCUAAUCAUUGUAUUCCUGAAUCCUAUCUCUGCAAAUAUGACAAAAACAUUAACAUCUAUGAGUUUUUACCUUUCCAUCCGAAAAGGACAUAAUUUGAACCUAAGUGGAAAAAAUGUUAAUACUAUUUUCAUUAAAUAAACCAAGUCUACUAUAACAUUUCCAAAAUUAUGGUGAUUGUAAUUUGGUUGGAAGUAAUUGGGACUUUAUAUUUUUAUUAAAUAGAAACAAAUAUUAAAUUCACACAUACAUUCAAAGUGAAACACUUAUGAUUAAUUCUGAACUGAUUGUUUUCUUUCGAAGAGGGGGAAACACAAAACUUUCAGAAUGGAAAGAACUAAUAUCUUUCAUAUACAUGUUUUAUAAACUAUUCAUGAAUGUACAUUUUAAUUUCAAUACUGCAAGUUUUUAACUCUGAGGAGUGAAAUAAUAUUAUCAUAAAAAAACAAGAUACUGAACAAUUUUUUCAAAUGUAAUGUUUCAAAUUGUAGAGCAAUUAGUUGUCUUCUCAAAAUAAGGUAAAGUUGAAGAUAAUAAAUUUUGUGACUUUACAUGAAAUACUUGAGGUAAAGCAC